AUGAGUGUCCCCCAAUCCCUUAGGCCCUUUGUUACUACAAAAUUCAUCCAUUCUACUUGGGCUGGAACAUUUGCUUGUAAGCCUCAGGCAAUUUUCCAACCUAGAAAUGUGGAAGAGAUUAAGCUUCUUGUUAAUGAAGCUCGUAAACUAGGCAAAACCAUCAUGACUGUUGGUUCCGGCCAUUCUCCUUCGGAUUUGACUAUGACCACUGAAUGGUUAUGUAAUUUAGACAAGUUCAAUAAGAUCUUAAAGCAAGAAGAAUUUUAUGGAUCCACUAAGUCCGGCACUAGCAAGGAGGUCAAAUUUGUCGACUUAACUGUCGAAGCUGGUUGCAGAGUUUACGAAUUGAAUGAAUAUGUCAAGGCCAAUGAACUUGCAGUUCAGAACCUUGGCUCUAUUAGUGACCAAUCCAUCGCUGGUUUAAUCUCCACCGGGACUCACGGGUCAAGUCAGUACCAUGGCUUGGUUUCCCAACAAGUAGUUUCAAUCACCAUUAUGAACUCCAAUGGCGAGUUGAUUGAUUGCUCAUCUGUGGAGAAGCCAGAUCUUUUCAGGGCUGCCUUGUUAUCUUUAGGUAAAAUUGGUAUCAUUACUCACGUUACAUUGAGAACCAUUCCAAGAUAUACCAUAAAGUCUAAGCAGGAGAUCAUCAAAUUCUCCACCUUGUUGAAGAAUUGGGACAAUAUCUGGUUAGACCUGGAGUUCAUUAGAAUCUGGUGGUUCCCUUACUCAGGAAAUUGUGUCUGUUGGAGAGCUUCCAAGUCAGAUGAUGAGUUGAGUGAUCCAAGACCAUCUUGGUAUGGUACUACAUUCGGUAGAUUCUUCUAUCAGUCUUUGCUUUGGGUUUCGGUUCAUAUCUGGCCAGCAUUUACUCCGAUUGUGGAAAAGUUUGUGUUCAAUCAACAAUAUGGUAAUGUCGAAACUUUAGGGAAGGGAGAUAUUGCUGUGCAAAACUCAGUGGAAGGAUUAAACAUGGACUGUUUGUUUUCACAAUUCGUAAAUGAAUGGUCUGCCCCAUUGGUUGAUGGGAAGGAAAUUCUUACCAAGCUCAAUGAGCAAAUCAAAACCGCUGAAAGGGAAAACUCUUUCUAUGUACAUGCGCCUAUUGAAGUUAGAUGCUCCAACGUCACCAACUCCAACGCUCCAUUUAUUUCUGACGAAGAUGGAGAACCUUCCUUAUAUCCACUGCAAACCUGGUUAUCUACGAGAGAUAGACUCUCGUCAGGUCCAAUUCCAGGGAACAAUUUCAGACCUCUUUUGGAUAACUCUCCUGAUUCUUUACCUUAUCAACCAAAACCUGAACUUAUCAAAAAUGACCAAUUGACUCUCUUUAUAAAUGCAACUAUGUACAGACCUUUCGGAACUAACGUUGAGACCAAGAGAUGGUUUCAAAUCUUCGAAAAUAUCUUAUCUGAGUAUGGUGGUAAGCCACAUUGGGCCAAGAAUUUCAUUGGUCUUAGUGGUGACCAUGAAACCAAGGAAGAUUUAGAUUACCAAUUAAGUUUUGGAGGUAAGAAGUUUUACACUAUGAAUGGAUUUGAUCCAGUCAUGAAGCAGUGGUUCGGCGAAAACUUGGUUCAAUAUAAUAAGCAAAGAAGAGAAAUGGACCCUGAUGGUGUUUUUAUGAGUGGUAAGAAUUGGAUGGUCAGAAACGGGUUACUUAUCGAAGAACAAUAG